UCAGGAGGGUUCACUGGGCCUGAGUGAAGAGACCUGGAGGGAACGGGAGCACUCACCUGCCUGCAGAGUAACCCUGUCACCAAGUCCCCAAUUUCUUCAGCCAGAACCAGCCAUGCUUAGCAUUCAAGUGCCUUUCUCCUUUCCUGCGGCCAACGUCUUCCUCUUUGUCUUCACGGCUUCCACCAUAUUUCACCUGCAGCAGCGGCUGGCAAAGAUUCAGCCCUUGUGGGAGUUACAGUCGCCAGCACCCACUUGGAUGAUCAAUACCACAGGUCACAUGGGGAGCCCAAUAGGCCAGUCCUCAAGGGAGUUAGAGAUGUCAGCUCCCAUGUCAACGAUCAAGGCCAACGAUCUUGGGAACCAGAUGGACCAGUCCUCGAGGAAGUUACAGAGGCCAGCGCCCAUGGGGAUGAGCAACACCGUAGGCCGCAUGGGGGACCAGAUGGGCCUGUCCUUGACAAAGUUACAGAGGCCAGCACCCAUGUGGACAAUCAAUGCCAUAGGCCGCCUGGGGAACCAGAUGGGCCAGUAUGCCACCCUGUAUGCCCUUGCCAAGAUGAAUGGGCGGCCUGCAUUCAUCCUGCCUGAGAUGCACAGGACACUGUCCCCUAUUUUCAGAAUCACCCUCCCAGUGCUGCCCAGCACCACGACCAUCAUCCACUGGCAGAACUACCACCUGAAUGACUGGAUGGAGGAGCGGUACCGCCACAUAGGGGGCGACUACGUGCGCCUCACGGGCUACCCCUGCUCCUGGACCUUCUACCACCACCUGCGCCAUGAGAUCCUCCAGGAGUUCACUCUGCAUGACCAUGUGCGUGAGGAGGCCCAGAGAUUUCUGUGGGGUCUGCGGGUGAAUGGGAGCCAGCCAGGCACCUUUGUGGGAGUCCACGUGCGCCGGGGGGACUAUGUCCACGUCAUGCCCAAUGUGUGGAAAGGUGUGGUGGCUGACCGGCGAUACCUAGAGCAGGCCCUGGACUGGUUCCGGGCUCGUUACAGCUCUGCCAUCUUUGUGGUCACCAGCAAUGGCAUGGCCUGGUGUCGGGAAAACAUUGAUGCCUCCCGUGGAGACGUGGUGUUUGCUGGAAAUGGCAUUGAGGUCUCACCUGCCAAGGAUUUUGCACUGCUGACACAGUGCAACCACACCAUCAUGACCAUUGGGACAUUUGGGAUCUGGGCUGCCUACCUUGCUGGUGGAGAGACCAUCUACCUGGCCAAUUACACUCUCCCAGAUUCUCCCUUUCUCAAACUCUUUAAGCCAAAGGCAGCCUUCCUUCCAGAAUGGGUGGGGAUCCCUGCAGACUUGUCCCCCUUACAUAAGCACUAGUGCUAACCCAUCCUUUGAAAUACCUUCUCCUUUUCUGACUCCCCCAAGAUCAGUUCCAAGGCAUGAGAAGUACUUUGUUACAUAUAUAAAAUGUAUAACCUCUUGCAUGAAGAUGCUUUGGGCUGCAAGUAACAGAAGUCCCAAUUAGGUGGUUCAAGAACUAUAUUUGUGUGUUUCACACAAUAAGAGUAGAGAUGGCCCAGCAUCGGGGUUACUUUACUUAGCAGGUCAACAAAGUCAUGAGUGACACUAGCUCCAUUCAUCUUCAUCUCCUCUUAACCCAGUUGCUUCAUGAUCCCAAAGGGGCUGUUACAUAUUCAGAUGUCACAUCACAUAACCCCUUUCAGAGGCAGCUAAAAGAGACUCGUUUUAGGUCUCUUUUGAAGAAUGAUGGAUACCUUCCUAAGCCCUUCCUCAACUUCCCCCCAUAUCUCAUUGGCAGGAAUUUUCACCUGCCCAGGUAGCCCACUAGGAGGCAAGGCAGAUAAACCCACUGGGAUUGGCAUAGCCUCACGUCCUGCAGCUGGGGAGUUAACCGGCCUUGUCUGAAGGACAUGGCAACCUGCAGAAACAUUGAGUAAUUUUGCUAAGAAAGAGAGGGAAUGGCCCUAGAGCAGACAAUGGGGUUGCCCCAAGUGGUUGUGUAGGUUGUUCAUGACAUAAAGGCACCUGGUCAAGGAAGCCAGUGGGACUUAAACAGAGGGACUUAAACCCACGAUUUACUUACCAAGCCAGGUGUCCUUGGGUCUGUAUCUGCCCAGAGGGCUAACUUUUUUUCUGGUUAUUUGCUCUAGAAAGGGUGCCUGAUCCAGUUUGCACAAAACUGCCUUCUUGGCUAAUGCCUGGUGUGCAGCCAAGAGCAUGUGCCCCACCUCUGUGGCUGUGGCUUCUGUGGGCCUGGGAUAUUUAUCCUUGAGGACUUGGGAAUAGGAUGGCUCAGUGAACUUGAGGGCAUUCCAUUCAUUCUUUCAAUAUGUGUUGGUGCACAUCUGUUACAAAUAUUCCAUGAUAUCCUUCCUUCUUAGAGGAUACAUUUGUAACCAUUACACAGACAUCAAAAAAAUAAUAUUCAUCCAACCACCAUUAGGAACAUACUCUAGAACCUGGUAGUCCAAGAACUUGGGACUUGAACCCAACAGACCAAGGCUAUGGUGAGCUGUGAUUAAGACAGUGAAUAGUCCCUACACUUUAGCCUGGGCAAUAGAGUGAGAGUCUAUCUCUGAAAAAAAUAAAUUUAAGAACCUGGUACAGUGGCUCAUUCUUAUAAUGCUACCACUUUGGGAGGCCAAAGUGGGAAGGUUGCUUAAGGCCAGGAGUUUGAGACCAGCUUGGGUAGCAUGGUAAGACUUCAUCUAGGCCAGGUGCAGUGGCUCAUGCCUGUAAUCCUAGCAUGCUGGAAGGCCAAGGCAGAUGGAUUACCCUGAGCUCACAGGUUCGAGACCAGCCUGAGCAAGAGGGAGACCCUCUCUCUAAAAAUAGCCCGGUGUUGUGACAGGUGCCUGUAGUCCCAGCCACUUGGGAGGCUAAGGCAAGAAAAUAGCUUGAGCCCAAAGAGUUAUAGAAGCUAUGAUGCCAUGGCACUCUACUGAGAGUGACAAAGUGAGACUCUGUCUCAAAAAAAAAAAAAAGACUUCAUCGCUACAGGGGAAAAAAAAAGAAGAAGAAAAAUUAGCUACAUGUAGUGGCAUGUUCCUGUAGUCUCAGCUACUCUGGAGACUGAGGUGACUCAGGACCACUUGAGCCUAGGAGUUCAAGGGUGCAGUGAGCUAUGAUUGCACCUCUUCACUCCAGCUUGGGCAACAGAGUGAGAACCUGUGUCAAAAAAAGAAAAUUAAACGAAAAGAUGUGUGAUCUCUUUUU